AUGGAGAGCCCGAUUGCCAUCAGAGUUCGUCAAGCUGGUAGCGCAACACCGGCUCCAGUCAUUAUCGCGGACACAUUUCCCCCUCUUACGUCUUCGGGGGCCGCUCUCGUUGCUACGGCGUCGGUAAUGCUUUGGUUGACCACAUGCUGGACCAUCUUCCGCGUUUGGGCUCGAAAAAUCACCAAGAUUCCCUACUUGACCGAGAACUAUCUUUACUUUACAGCCCAGGUACUUCUACCCACAAGAUCUGUUGUAGUAAGUGGCGCAGGCCAUGAUAUAUGGAACCUCAGCGACGAGCACAAGUACCAUUACUUCCGAAUAUCACUCGCCACACAAGUCCUCUACGCUGCGGCCUUGGGUUUUGUCAAGCUCAGCAUUACUUGGAUGCUCCAACGCAUAUGUUUCGGCCAAUCGACGAUAUUUCGGCUCUUCGCCUGGAUCGCUAUGGCUCUGUUGGUCUGCUGGGCCUUAUAUACGGCUCUGAUAGGAUUUCUCAUCUGUCAGCCUGUUCAGUUGGCGUGGGAUCCAAGUGUACAAGGAACGUGCGGCAACCAUACCACCGCGUAUUCUGCGGUAGCAAUAUUUGACAUUAUCACGGACAUCAUCAUCGUUGGACUCCCGAUAAAGUUUGUUGCCCAGCUGCAGGUUCGACGUGCGCACAAGAUCGCCUUGUACGGAGUGUUCUGCGCCGGGUUCAUCACGGUUGUCUUCUCUUGUGUACGACUCUACUAUGCUUACAACAUUGACUUCAUCAACGUAACCAAAGGCUUCGCCAUAGCCAGCGUCAGCGGCGUCUUGCAAGCUGGCAUAGCUGUCAUGGUGGCAUCCAGCCCGAUGCUCCGUCCCGUCUUCGAUCGUACGGUAGGCCGAGUGCUGGGUCUCAGUCUGCAGAGUCAACGACGCGGCAAUGGCGCCACUUCGAAUGCGACAGGCGGGAAUGCUGCUGGUAAUAGUUCGGCUGGGCUGCACAACAAACACAGCGCUCGAUCCGACGGCUUCAAGCAAAUGUCGGAGAGCGAAGAACACCUUGCUUGGGAGCUCAGGAACAUGAAGGCUGCGGGAGGUCGUAAUAGUUACAACAUGGGGACCACAACGACUCAGGUAUCUGGAUGGCUCACGACCGGGAAGAAUCAUGGUUACAAAGACAACCGUGGUUAG